AAUGAUGUUCUCCCCAGGCGCGAUGCCCCCGGAGCACGAGCUGUACUACGGGUUCACUCGGUUCGCGAUGGAACUCAACGAACUGGAGCCCGCCAUGCGGGGGACUCUGCCACAUACUGACACACGACUCAGGCCGGACCAGCGCGCCCUGGAGGAGGGCGACGUGGAGGCGGCGGAGCAGCUGAAGCACCAGCUGGAGCAGGCGCAGCGCGACCGCCGCAGGGACGUCGCCGCGCACGCGCCCGCCUGGUUCCGAAAAACUCUGGAGAGCGGCGAGGAGACGUGGGUGUUCAACGGGGAGUACUGGAAGGCGCGCGAGGCAGGGUUCCCAGACGACGUCGCGCCCGCGAUAUGGUGACCGCGCCUACUCAUACUCCGUAAACCGCAGUGCGAAUGGCUCUGCUAGAUGGUUGUGUCUCGCUUCCCGCUUAGCGAUAAAUUAGAGUUUUAUUAUAGACUUUAAUAAAAUAUCCCUUGUUAUUGUGACGGCUAGUUAGGCUGUACAGGCUAUAUCUUGGCUAAGAUGGCGGCUAAAUACUGAUAGGUAAGUGGCUUAUAACAUGUUUUAGUCAUGUUUGUAGUUAUUUUAUAGUUCAGAUAUAAAAAUUAAACAUGGUAUAAAUCCGUCAGUUAAGUAAUGAAAAAAUACUGAACACGUUAUUUUUUGUCAAAAUAGGAAAGUCAUUACUUCGAUAUAGUCAAUUUAAAUC